GAACUUCCGCGGUAAAUUUGUUAUCAUUCAUUCAUUUCUCCAACUUCCCAUCUGAAUGCUGCUCUUUUAGUACACAUGGACGAAGCAGAGAUCAGAAGAAAGCUUGCUGUAAUUGAGAAAGAAUAUGAAAAAAAGAAAAGAAAACUUGAAAGAUCAGAAAGAGCAGCAAAAGCUCGAGCCCAUGUCCAACAGAAGCUAUUGGAGCAGGCACAAGUGGCAGAAUCUCUUGAAAGCCCAAGAGCAGAAAAUGAGACAGGAGCACAAAAAUCUAAGAGAACAAAAGCAGCUGUUAAGUUUGAGCUCAAUAGUGUUACAUGUUAUCAAAAUACACCAUCAACAACUACAUUACCUAUGCACCAGGCUCCAAAUGGUUUUGCCACCAAGCAGUGUGAUGCUGCUUUGAAUGAGGUGCCUGAGUUAAUAAACAGUUUAGGGCCAGUUAAGCCAGGGAAUGACCCUGAAGUCCAUCAUUCUGAAACUAAAAAAACUAAACUGAAACUAAAAAAACCCAUUGACACUAUUGUCAUACCUGAGUCACAAGAUGUAAAUGCCAUAACAGAGGCUGAAGAUAUGGAAAAACGGCAAUCAAAACUACACACCCAGUCUACAACAGCUGGAAAUAAGACUGCAGAAGUCUCAAAUAACAGCUUGGGUCCAGAGUCGGCAAAGUCUAGCUCCAUAACAAAAAAUUCACAGGCCCUUACCAGUAAAACAUCCAAGGAACGAUGUCAGUUUCCAGAGUUGGAACUCUCUCCUGUAAGCCUCCAUACAGCAGUGCCCUCCAAGGACACUUCUCCUCUUCCAUGCCAAGAGUCUUUCUCAGAACCUUUAAAUACAAGCCCCCAGAGAGGAGGGAGGAGGGGCAGGGGUGGAAGGAGGGGCAGGAGAGGUAGAAGGGGAGGAAGAAGAGGCGUCACAUGUGACAGAGUCAAUGUUCAUGGCACAGAAUUGAAUUCAUGUGAAUCUGAACCUGUGGAAACUUUCUCUUUGGAACAGUUGGAAUAUGUUGGAGAACGCCCUUCAGGUAAUCAAACCAGAGGAGUGAGAAAACGUGGAAGAAGAGGGCGAGGAAGAAGCAUUCAGUCAUGUGCAGAGAGCAGACGGUCACCUCGUAUUACAACACAGACUAAGUUUUUUGUACAGUCCAGUAGCAACAGUGAUGGCCAGUUUUCAUCAGAUUUGUAUUCAUGUCCUAAGUCACUUCAGUAUUCUGGCAAGCCUGAAUAUGAAAAGAUCAGCAGUGAAGGAAAUGCCAUGAAUAAAUUGGGCAGAAGCUCUCCCCUCUAUACAGAAUGUGACCAACAGACCAUGCCCAUGUAUGGAAUUGUCUUUCCAGGAGUCCCAGACAGAUUUAAGAUGAAAACUCAUUUAAAAGAUAUUCAGUAUUUUUCUCUUCCAGACUGUGAGUUCUCAGUGUUAAAGUUGAAAAAACUUCAGGAGAAUAUGCAGGUAAAGUUAUCACCUGUGGUUGGAAGGGUCGCCAAUACAAACAUUGCAGAAUCUGCAUCUCCCUGCUUUAGCGCUUCAUCCAGAAUAUCAAAGAGUAUAGGAGGUAAAAGAAAUAGUGUGGAAUUACAGUCACCAUUGUUGUUAUCGGAGGACGAUCCAGAUUACUCUGAGAAACAACCAGAUGAUUCACGUCCCAUCUUGAAGGAAAGAACUGCAGAUUUAGGCAUUGGUGAAUCUAAACCUCUGUCAUCAAGUUCAGAAUCCAAUAAGCAUAUUCUUACCAUGUCAAAUAAUUCACUUUCUCAGAUUUCUGUCUCCCAGCCUUUUUCUGAUUUGUCAAACAAACAGGACUGUUUGUACCUGGAUCAACAAGCUGCGUUGCAGGUUGAUAAAGUAAAUAACACUUGUGAUACUCCAUGCAGUGACAAGUCUGCUAGUAAGGACACAGUGACCCCUGAUGUUCACAAAGUACAACCCGUAGGGGAGCAGGAGGAACUGGCUAAUCUGCCUGAGCAGGCUGACUGCCCAUUGCAGUUCUCUGCUUGUAUCCAGCACCCCAGUCUCCAGACAGUGUCAAGUAUUGCUUUGGGUUCCUAUAAGUCGGAAGAUAGGGCAGUGGAUUACUUGGUGUGUUCGUGUGCAGACUGGCUGAUGUUGUGGAUAGCCACCCCUGAGGGCAGUUAUGUUCUAGCAAAACAGUGGAGUAUAGAAGAGAACUCAUUUCAAAAGAUUCAUGUCCUAAAUGACUUGGAGUCAGCUGUUGUCCUUGUUGAUGACAGUUUGAACUCUGGUUCCUACAAGGUGUACGUGUGGAGGGAAGACCUAGAGAGGAUCUUGUCCAUUAGGACAGUGGCAAGGGACAU